AAAAUCGUCGUUUGUUGAUGGAGAACGAAGAAGAGAAGGACGAUUCUAUUCGAUGGUAUGUGUGCGGUCCUACUGUGUACGACGAAGCACACAUUGGACACGCUAGAACUUUCGUUGCUCUGGAUAUUAUUCGCAGGGUCGUUGAGGACUUUUUCAGGCUUCCUUGUAUUUUCGCGAUGAAUAUUACCGAUAUCGACGAUAAAAUUUUGGAAAAAGCAAAGGAAGAGCGAGUUCCUUUUGAGAUCAUUUCUGAACGGUACACAAAAAAGUUUUUUCAAGACAUGCGGUUGCUUCGUGUGAGGAAACCUGAUAUUGUUUUGAAAGUCACAGAUCACAUUCCCUGCAUCAUUUCUUUCAUACAAGGGCUUGUUGAGAAGGGUUACACAUACGAAACUGCUGAUGGUAUUUAUUUUGACGUUAACAAAUACCCUUUUUAUGGGUAUUUUCGUCAGUGUGGAAACCUAAUACCUAAAGAGAAUAGAGAAAAAAAGGACCCCAGGGAUUUCGUGUUGUGGAAGAAAUCCCCCUCUUUAGAGAAUGUCCCUGGAUGGAACAGUCCUUUUGGAAAAGGAAGACCCGGUUGGCACACGGAAUGUGCAGCGAUGAUUCACGAGGUUUUUGGAGACCGCCUUGAUUUCCACGGAGGGGGAGUUGAUCUAUCCACUAUUCAUCAUGAAAAUGAAAUUGCGCAAAUGUCUUGUUUUUUAGGGAAAGGUUGGGUGCCCAACUGGAUUCACGUGGGCCAUUUAUCCAUCCGCGGUUGCAAAAUGUCCAAAUCGUUGCGAAACUUUGUUACUAUUCGUGAGGCAAUAGAAUCCAAACAAAUGGAUGCUGAAGAGUUUCGCGUGUUUUGUUUGUUGCACAACUUCAAUUGCGACGUUGAAUUUGGGGAGGAUGAAAUCUGCGAAGCGAAGCGCACCUGGUCCAAGUUGAAGAAAUGGAACGAAGAGUGGUCUUAUGCAGAAAAGGAUUUGUGUAGCUUCUUUGAACAGAAGGCUAAGAAGGAGACGGAGGAGACGGAGGAAUGGGGAGAAAAAGCAGAUGAUAGAUCUUGGAAAACUGAAAUAUUCAUCAAGCUUCGGAACAACUUCCAAACGAGGGAGGUCAUGCUUCUUAUUCUCCAAGAGUGCAAAAAGACUCUUCAAUUGAAAGCCCAAGGGUGCUUUCCUUGGGAUACUUGCUCUUAUAUUUAUCAGCUGCUCUUGAUAUUUGGUCUCAAGUUCCCUGCUUGGUCUUUGAUCAAUAAGGAACAGGAAUUAAUUGGUUUGAUAGUCACCUUUCGGGAGAAAAUCCGCGUUGCUUUAUCAUCUAAAGUGGAAGACCAGCAAUUGCGAAAGGACAUUUUUGCCAUUUGUGACGAGUUGAGAGACCAAGAUCUCAAAAGAAUAGGGAUUCACCUAGAGGACUUAAAGGACUGAUUACGUUUGGUAAAAGAUGGAACCUGCCGAAUCUUCUUUGAGCUUUG